GAUCCAAGACGGUGCAGCUCCAAUUCCUGUCUCUCGAGGUACCUUAGCUUGUUAUCCCAGUGCCUCAGUUUUAUGACGACGCAAAAAAAGUCGGGAGUGCUCGUAUUUUCUUUCCACAGGGAAGCACCAAGCGCUCGGGCGCAACAACCCAAAUGCCAAUACGGCGACUCCACGCUUGCCAGGAUUCCAUGCCGGUGACAUCUCCGUGUCGCGAGUCGAAGGCAUUUAGGGAUGAAAGCGACCCUUCGAUACACGCGGUCUUGUAAAGCUCCCCGAAAUGGCUUGAGGGAACCCGUCCAGUCGGUUGCUCGAUUUCCAGCACAAUGCACGCAACGAACCGAGCGAUGCUUUUCCAGCCGAUCAAACCCGACUUCCAGUCCAGCUACAACAUGCCCAAGAAUAAGCAGAUCGUUGCGCAACAGUGGGACUACGCGAUGGUUGUCAUCAGUUCCUCGGCAAACGAACCGCUCGAGUACGCAGGCGCAAAUAAAAUCCGACCUCGAUGCCGAGUUUUCUGACUUGCAGCCAUCUUCAUAUGGCGACUGGUUACACCUUCUCGACUUAAUGGGCGAUCGCCAUGGUUCAGCAGGUGUCUGGGCUUGCUUUGAGCGCUUGGUGGAUGAAGGACAGGCUGGACUUGCCAUAUCGAACACCAGGAACAGAAUUCGUGAAGAAACUGUAACGGUCGCAUGCGAAGACGACAAAAGAGUGGAAUACCUACUGGGCUUGUUCGUGCGCCUUCGCACGCUGAAGAGAACAUGGCCGAAUUUUUACGUCGACAUAAUCCAGAAUCUGAUCCUUCGAGGGGAAUACACACGGGCCACGCAUUGGCAUUCCAGGAUAUGGUAUACUAUUUCGCCAUCCCGCGAAGCUUUGGCGGAAUUAAUAUCGAGGCUCGCGCAUGAGAACGACCCAGAGCUCCAGCAAUGUCUUGUCUCGAUAUACCACUCAAGCGACGAGCGCGGAAUAUUCGACUUGGUCAUCCCUUCGUUGUAUGCGUCGGGCAAAGAAAAGCUCGCCCGAACAUGGCGGGCUGAGUUCACGAAAGCUGGGGACUUCCCACAGUCGAAGAAUUCCCUACCUUUCCUGAGAUUCCUUUCUUGCUACUAUUCCCGAGUGUAUCUCUAUCCCCAGGAGCUUGAACUGUUGGGCGGUGGCAUUUGGUGGGUGGCGCGCGAUGAGCCAACUACUGAGUCUCUCGGAGAUGGAUCCAACUCCCAGGGGGCUUUCCGUCGGGAGCUUGUCGCAAAGACUUUUGCAAGCCGUUGGAUAUCGGUGGAUUUCGCCAUCAAUCUUGUCACCCAGUUCGGCAUCCCGAAUAUAGGGCCCAGGGAGCUGCAGGCAUUGGCCCUCCGCGAAGAGAAUGCACAGGGGGUCCUUGAGCGCAUCAAGCGGCUGGAAAGCCUCGGUAUUCGUUUGAGUAAGCAUCCAUACUGCAAAGUCGUCGCUGUCAUGGCAAGAAAGGAUGAUGAUUACCAUCUGGACCUGUUGUUGCAUACCACCAUGCACUAUGAGACGUUGGUAGACCCUCAACAGCGUGGCGAUCUGCUGGCAAAGGCCAAACAAAGCGGCGACAAGGACACCAGUUCUCUCCUACUCCGGAUUCGGGAGAUUUUGGAUAACAAGGGUGAAGUCUGGGAACUCAACAAUCUGUUACGUACCUCACUCAAAGAGGGCAACCUAGCACGCAGUUCGCUUGUUCUGGAUCGAAUGCGCGCAGUUGGAGUCGUGCCUCGGCAAGACAAUGUGACGGAAAUGUUACGGCAACUCUGCUCGACCCUGCCAUGGCACACGCCAACUCCUCGUGGUCUCCGGACUUAUCGAAAUCAGAGCUCCCGCAAACGUCCAGCUGCAGCAUCUUCACUCGAUGAUGUGGUCCGGAUCCUGCGCACAUGCGCCCAGUAUGAUAUCGCCAUCCCAAUCAGCUGUUGGAGCCAUGCCUUGCAUCGAUUAGGUCGCGACGGCCGCAUGCAAGAGCUGCUUCAGCUGUGUCUGGAGUUCGUAAGCCGAUGCCAACCUGUCAAGCCUUGUCUUCUCCCAGUUCACCGCGACGAUGUGCCAAGGCAUCAGCUCCCAGAGCGGAGAAAGGACGCGUUGCCUGAAACCCAUGAACUCAGAAUUUGGGAAACUGGACAAACGGUCUCUACGCAGGCCUUUGGCGUUGUGGAAAGACAGUGGAUCCCUUCAGAGCUUCCAUUGAACCAUCCUCAUCACCCAGUCACGAAGCUCGUCACUCCUGAACUACAGCGACGCAUCGUGAGAUGGGGAUUCCAGGCCGCUAUUGGCCGAAAAAGGUCUUCCAUUAUUGGACGAAGCAGAGGGUUGGAGGUCACCGAUCUGGCUCUAGAUGGCAUCAUGUCCUACGAUCUCGCACAAGGUGUGCGAACUUUGGCGAUUCUGCGAGACCGAGGAGUGGCUAUCGAAGAGACCCUCAUUUCGAAAGCGAUUUGCCGCCGUAUGGCCCUAGCCGAGUCGUCAAGCUACCGACACAAACAGCGAAGCCGACAAGAAAUAUUACCAGAGCAUGUUAAAGCAGCCGUGGACGCUGCUUGGGGUACCGAGCUCCUGCCACCACUAUCUCUGUUCAGCCGACUAGUCGACCAACACAAACUGAUCGUCUGGGACCAGUUCCCAACGUUAUUCAGACGACAAUAUGAUGGGCUCAAACCAAUUGAGGCCCACGAUAAACCACGACGUCGAAGCAAGUUGAGCAAGCCCGAAUUCUUACUUUGGCAGAAGAAGCGGCAGAGGAACUUAGUCCGGCGCUAGCUAUAAAAUCGUGCGCUCAUGUAUAAAGUGCUACAAU